AUGUAUGAAGCGAACGUACUAGCGCAAUGCUUUGUUAACGAGAAUCAGAAACAGAUUCAGGAAGAUUUUGACAAGCUAAAAGCGAAAUAUGGGACCGUUCUCGGUCAUUCUAAGCAAAGUCACAAACGAAUGUCGAGUUCUGCAAGCUCUGUAGCCUCGAAGAAGCAAAAGAAAGCGAAAGCGAAAAAGGAGAAGGAAAAGAUUGAAGUGGAGUACAAUGGGGCUCUACUUCCGUUCUGUCUGGAAACGGUUAACAACGGGAUGGUCGCCUUCUUUAGGGAGCUUCAGAACAAGAUGCGUUGCUCCACACCUCCUCAAUCACAGAAUCGGUGGAGAUUCUGCAAGUACGAGCGUGUUUUGCUGACCAUCCAGAGCGUGCUGGAGGAAUUGGCGAUGGACGAGGCGCAUAAAGAGUUCGCAGGCAUCGACGUGCCCGAGUCGCCUCACAAAAUGAUGGAGCUUUUGAUCCAGCUCUGCGAGCACUUCGGAUUCGGCAAGCUGAAGGAGCAGUUCGCCUCGCAGACGCUGUAUUCGCCGGCAAACGACUACACGACGCAAUCGGAAUUGCGAAAGUUUUGCACGCAUUGCGGAGACAAAAAGCAAACUCGAUGGAAGGAUCUGGUCGAUCACCCGCGUCUUCGGUUUGUGUAUCUCUGCAAAGCGUGUCUGGCCGAGUACAAGAAGAAUCCUUGGAAGCAGGAAGAAGAUCACGAUGUGGAAUGCAGUUGUUGCGGAGACGGAGGAAGCGUCGUGCUCUGCGAUUUCUGCUCGCACUCGAUUUGCAGCAACUGCAUUAUGCUCCAUAUGGGUGUCGAUGAGUGGGAGCGAAUCCAGAAUGAGGAGAAGUGGAGCUGCAUGGUGUGUAGAAAGGAUGCGGAGGGGAAAUUUGUGUUUUUAAAGGAGUGA